AUGAACUGCCUCGAUCUUGUGUUCACCAAGUCGUCUCACAACAUCGACGUUGUGAAUUGCCUCCCCCCGUUGGGUCAGAGUGACCAUGUAGUUCUCAUGUGGGAAUACACGUUAUUCUCCCUUCCUGCACAACCGCUCGAUUCCCGACCCAAUAUUUGGAGCGGCGAUUUCGAACAGAUGAAAAAGGAUCUUAGUCCUAUCGACUGGGCAUUCACUCUCUCCGGCGAUGUCGAAGAGGCUUGGUAUCAGUUCAGAGAGGUAGUCCACAACCUCAUCUCCAACCACUGCCCAAUCAUGCGCAAAAGACUAACAAAUAGACCUCGCUGGUUGACUCCGUCCUUAAAGAAGGAAGUUAACAAGAAGAGGAAGCUAUGGAAAAAAUCGCUGACGGACCGCACGCCAGAAUCCCUAAGCAGUUAUAAGUUACAGAGAAAUCGGGUCAAAAUUCUCAUCGCCAGAGAUAGGAAAGCUUUUGAAAAGAAUCUUUUGAACCGUGCCAUGAUUAAUCCAAAAAUCCUUUACAGCUACAUAAGACAGAGCACACGGAACAAAGAUCCUGUCCCACUGCUGCGAACGGCUGAGGGUGUGGAAAUCUCAGAUGACAAGGAUAAGACUGAACAUCUCUCUCAGUUCUUCCGGUCAGUCGUGACAAGUGAACCUGCUUUUUCCUCACCCGCUUAUGAAGACGAUGAAACACCUACCCUCGAAGCCGUCUUCUUCACCGAAACAAUUGUUCGGAAUGAGUUACUAAACCUAAAAGAAUCGACCUCCCCAGGCCCUGAUGCAAUCCCGGCCAAGCUGCUGAAGGAACUAGCUUCCGAAAUGUCCAAGCCGUUAGCCUUGAUCUUUCAAACGUCAUUUUUACUGGAUGCCUGCCCUCUGACUGGAAGUCCGCUACCAUCACUCCGCUUUUUAAGGGUGGAAGUCGUGCGUCUGCGAAUAACUACAGAACAGUGA